AUCAACACUUGUUUACUUUUUGUGUCGAAGCGGGACGCACAUUCGCCAAGGGAGUCAACUUUUCUUCAUUUUCAUUCUGGUUUUCUUUGAUCUUUUAUACAAUGGCAGAACGUCCAGAGGAUCUCAACCUACCAAAUGCCGUCAUCACACGUAUCAUAAAAGACUCACUGCCAGAUGGCGUAGCUGUGGCUAAAGAGGCUCGUAGUGCCAUUGCAAAGGCAGCGUCAGUUUUCGUCUUGUAUACCACAUCUACAGCAAACAGUUUAGCACAGAAGAAUAAAAAGAAGACUGUCAGUGCACAAGAUGUCUUUAAUGCUAUGAAAGAAAUGGAGUUUGAAAAAUUUAUAGAGCCUUUGCAAGAAAGUUUAGAAGUCCACAGAAAGUCUCAGCAGAACAAGAAGGAGCAGAAAGAGGCCAAGGCGAAGGCAAAGAAAGCAGAAGAGGAGAAGACUCCGGACAUGCCAGAGGAAGAAUCCUCAGAGUGCUUAGGGAAAGUCAAGAAGCUGAAAAGAAACAAAGGGAAGAUAAAGCUAAAUCUUAGGAAGAAAAUGAAGAAGAGAAAGCGAGCUUCAUGAACGAAAGGUCCUUAGAGGUUACUGCAUGUCAAAGGUAUUUGACAUGCAGUACUUUCAGUCUGCCCUUCAUUAUGGCAACGAACUGUGCUUAUACGAUGUGACUUUUGUUCGAGUUGUGUGUCUUCUGUGAUUUAUUAAAUAAUGUGCACCACAUGUUUACACAGAUUGAUCAAGCCUAAAUACUGUGACCCAGUUAUGCAUUUAAUACUCUUUGUAUGUCAAAGGUGACUAUUUCACGUGUAACUUUUGAGAUAAAGUGGGUUUUACAGUAAAAUGACAUCUACAUGCAACA